CUUUAUUCUUGUUUUUAAGAUCGAAAAUGGAAGAGUUGUGAAAGAAGUAGAAGAAGGAAGAAUAAUGGGAGAUGAAUACCAACUUCAACAAAGAACCCUAUGGAGCAACGCAGAGAGAAGAUGCCUACACCUUCUCCAAUGCAAGACAAAGAGCGUUACCACCCUUCUUCAAAUCCACGCCUUCAUGCUCCGACAUUCUUUCCACAACAACGUCAACCUCCUUACUGCUUUCAUCACCGCCUGCGCCUCCCUCGCCGCCGUCUCCCCUACGCGCCAUCACGCGCUCGUACAACACGCGCGCACCUUCUUCGACCUCGUCCGCACCCGCGACACCUUCCUCUGCAACUCCAUGAUCGCUACUCACUUCGCGGCUCGCCAGUUCUCCGAGCCUUUCACCCUCUUCCGAGACCUUCGCCGCAAAACGCCGCCUUUUACGCCUGAUGGUUACACCUUCACCUCGCUCGUGAAGGGUUGCUCGGCUCGUGUGGCCAGGCGGGAGGGUUCGCAGCUUCAUGGGGUGGUUUUAAGAAACGGGCUUUGCUUUGAUUUGUACGUGUCAACUGCUUUGGUGGAUAUGUAUGUGAAGUUUCGGAUUUUGGAUGAUGCCAAGAAGGUGUUUGAUGAAAUGUCUGUAAAGAGCAGGGUUUCCUGGACCGCGGUUAUUGUGGGGUAUGCGAGGUGUGGGAAUAUGGAUGAGGCUAGGAGGCUUUUUGAUGAGAUGGAGGAUCGGGACGUUGUUGCUUUCAACGCAAUGAUUGAUGGGUAUGUAAAGACGGGAUGUGUGGGUUUGGCGAGGGAGUUGUUUGAUGAGAUGGAGGAGAGGAACGUGGUUUCUUGGACUAGUAUGAUUUCUGGGUAUUGCAGUAAUGGUGAUGUUGAAAAUGCUAGGUUGAUGUUUGACGUAAUGCCGGAUAAAAAUUUGUUUACUUGGAAUGCCAUGAUUGGAGGCUAUUGCCAGAAUAGAAGGUCUCAUGAAGCGUUGGAGUUGUUUCGUGAAAUGCAGAUGGUGAUGGUGGAGCCAAAUGAGGUAACUGUUUUGUGUGUUCUUCCCGCUGUGGCUGAUUUGGGUGCUUUGGAUUUGGGGCGCUGGAUUCACAGGUUUGCCCAAAGGAAAAAGUUUGAUAGGUCUGCUCGUGUUGGCACUGCUUUGAUUGAUAUGUAUGCAAAAUGUGGUGAAAUUAUGAAAGCGAAAUUGGUUUUUGAGGAGAUGAAUGAGAGGGAAACGGCUUCGUGGAAUGCUUUGAUAAAUGGUUUUGCAGUCAAUGGCUGUGCCAAGGAAUCAUUGGAGGUAUUUGCAAGGAUGAUGGAAGAAGGGUUUGGACCAAAUGAGGUAACUAUGAUUGGUGUACUAUCUGCUUGCAACCAUUGUGGUUUGGUGGAGGAAGGAAGAAGAUGGUUCAACGAAAUGGAGAGAUUUGGAAUUGUGCCUGAGAUUGAGCAUUAUGGUUGUGUGGUUGACCUUCUAGGAAGAGCUGGAUGCUUGGAUGAGGCUGAAAAAUUAAUUCAAGCCAUGCCUUAUGAUGCUAACGGGAUAAUACUGAGUUCUUUUCUCUUUGCUUGUGUUUACUUCAAUGAUGUAUCGAGGGCAGAGAAAGUUCUUAAAGAGGUGGUGAAAAUGGAUGAGGAUGUUGCGGGAAACUAUGUCAUGUUGAGAAACAUGUAUGCUACGGAGCAAAGGUGGAGAGAUGUGGAGGGUAUUAAACAAAUGAUGAAGAAAAGAGGAACAAGUAAAGAGGUUGCUUGCAGUGUUAUUGAGGUGGAUGGAAGCUUUAGAGAAUUUGUGGCUGGUGAUUACUUGCAUUCACAUCUGGAGGCUAUUCAGUUAACCUUGGGGCAGUUAAGCAAGCACAUGAAAGUUGAAAUAGUCUGUUGACAAUGGAAACACAGAAAGCUGAAAGGAAAGGUCAAAAGGAAGUAAAUGAAAAUUGAAAGAGUCACAACAUGUGUAUUUCUGUGUCCCUUUCAUAAUUUGAUGUCCAUUUGAUAAUCAGGCUGCCGACUCAAGUAAAUGGUGGGCAGGUUGGAAACACACCCGGAAUUUUAUUAUCAGGAGGCAACUCCAAAAAUAACAAACAAUAGCAGGUGUUAAUUCCAGUCAGCAGUUCAGAUAGAUUCCUGAGGUAAAACUACAAAUCUAUAUAGAGAAGAAUACAAACAGUACCUAUAGUACUUUCUCCAUAAAAAUGCAGUUACUAUCAAGCACCAGAUACAUACAUUACACUAGAUGAUUCCAGCUGAGAUUCAUGAAGAGUCUCCUUUGUUUGAUUCAUUAAGCUCAGGUGGCUGAAUUUCCUGCAAAGGUUGACAGUGAGCACCACUAUGCUUCGAUCGGUAUUUGGUAUGAUUCACAGGGCUUGCUAAAGUAGCACUGCCAACCAUUGAGAAUCGUCUCCAAGCCUGACUAGGCAAUCUGAGUUUUGAUGUUACAUUUGGGAGACCCGAAAUAACUUUACUCUUUGCAAAGGGAGUAGGAGCAAUGGCUGCAUUUGAUAUGCUAAAGAAUUCUUCAUAAAGAGGUGUUUGGAGCUUCUUCACUUCAAGGGCCUAAUGUAGGAAAUUGAAAUAAGAUUAAAGAAAAAAGAAAACAAGGUAACAACCAUUUAGUAAUGCUAUACUUAGUAUGCUCUAGAAUUAAAAUAGAAACUUGGAAUGAAGGAAGUUUCUCUAAUUUUAAAUUCAGUAACUUCAUCA